GGGAUUUUCGGCAGAGAUUUGUACUGAAAGGAGAAAUGAAAACACGUAUGCAGUGACGCACGUACUUGAGGGGUGGAGCGGCAGUAUUUAUACGGUGUAUCUCUGGAGCUCUUAUGAAGGCAAAACAGUCGUCGGCUCUGUCUGUACGCCUGUUACUAUUAGUAGUGUAGCCAGUUUCAGUUAAGGUACGUACGUACAAUGGCGUCGACGGCCGUGGCGGACGCGAAUGCCGGGGGGUUCGGGGUCGGGGCCGCCGGAGUGGGGCAGGUCCUCGACGGCUCGAACCCGGCCAUCGUCCGUCUCCGGCAGCUCGUCGACGGCCCCCAGUCUUCAGAGGGGUGGAGGCGGUGCUGGGAGCAGGGCGUGACGCCGUGGGACCUGGGCGAGCCCACGCCGGCCGUCGUCAAGCUGGUGCAGUCCGGCACCCUCCCCGGCGGCGGCGCCACCGUCCUCGUCCCCGGGUGCGGCGGGGGGUACGACGCGGUGGCCCUGUCCGGCGCCGGCCGCUCCGUGGUGGGCCUCGACGUCUGCGACGCCGUCAUCCAGAGGGCCAGGCAGCGAUUGUCGUCGGGGUCGACCCCCAACGUGACCUUCGUCACCGCCGACUUCUUCACCUGGGCGCCGCCGGAGCCCUUCCACCUCAUCUUCGACUACACGUUCUUCUGCGCCCUUGACCCGUCUCUGAGGCCGGCGUGGGCGGCGAGGAUGGACGAGCUGCUGCGGCCGGACGGGGAGCUCAUCACCCUCAUGUACCUGCCUCAAGACCAGGACUCCGGGCCACCAUACAACACGACAGUGUUCGACUACGAGGAGGUGCUGAAACCACUGGGUUUCUUCAUCGAAUCCAUCGAGGACAAUGACGUGGCGGUCGAGCCGCGCAAGGGGCUGGAGAAGAUCGCAAGGUGGAAGAAGACGCCAGCUGGAACGGAAACACCGAUAUGAUAUCACUAUCAGACUUGCCCUCUGAUAAUCUCUAGUUUCCUUGAAAGAUUCAUUUUAAGAGUAUUUUUCCUUUAGAAGGUUACAGUGGAGAGGCAUGGCAUGACAUGCAAAAUAUAUCGAUGCACACAACACUUUUUAUUAUAAUUAUUUACAAGGUCAAUGUAUUGUUGUCAUGUUAAUGACACAUUUUAAACAACAUAUGUGUGUUUAUUUUCUCUUGAGUAAACUAUCCUUCAUCGA